CGCAUAUAAUUUGACAGUCGAUAACGUUAAGAAUUCUGCCAACCGGGCAAUGUUCUAAUAACAUCACGUGGACCAUUUCAGAUAUCAUUUGGCGCUUUAUAUUUGCAACCAUCCCAUUUAGGGCCCCACGGUAUUCUUAAAUCACAACGUUUUCCAUUUAAAGAGUGUCCCGCUAUGAUGCCACACCACCACUUAGCAUGGACUGUACUAAAACAUGCCAUCAAAAGUAUUUUAGAGCAAUGCUGCCCGUGGUCCAAGACUAUUGGGACAAUAUGACGUCAUCAUUGACAUCAUUAUGUUGAUCCAGAUCAAUGUUAUUCCACUGAAUCCAUUUCCAACAAAUUAUCUAACGAUUAUUGGGUGUUCUCGACCUUUGUUUGAGUAGUAUACACGCCGUAGUCAUUUGGGAAUAGGUGAAAAUUAGAUUUCUUAGAAGCACAGUCACAACACAUUGCCGGGCAAUUGCUACGCUUGGAGUCCGAGAUGGAGCCAGAAACAGAUGUCAGAUCCGCGCAGACGACCAACUCCGGAAAUAGCAGAAGGUUCAACAUGCAGAAAGUGUUUGACAAAGAUCUCUUGCCGUUCUUCGCUUUAGUGGUGGUAUACUUCAUCAUAUAUAAUCCAGUCUUGCAGUUACCGCCAGAAAACCUGACCGCUGCCUUCUUCAAAGUGCUUCCUGUUUGGUACUUAUUGUUCUUUGUCUACUUCCGAUCAUACAGAAUUCAGCAGGAUAAAUAUGCUCGCCAUUUCAUCUGUGGAUUGCUCGCUUCUAGCCUGGGCGACGCAAGUCUCAUUUGGAGAGAGGCGCUUUUCAUUCCAGGAAUGAUAUUCUUUGCAGUGGCUCACAUCUUCUACCUCUUUGGACUGUCGAAAACGGUGAACAGGACAGUCUUGAAGCGGACACAAACACUGUUUGCACUUAUAUACUUUUUCUUAUAUCUGUUUAUUUCAUUCGGAAUUGAGAACCAUGUGAUGAAGACUCUUGUUUUCAUUUAUUCAGGAUGUAUCGUAGCCGUUGGUUGGUUGGCGACAGCGAGGUACCUACACGACCAAUCGAUGGCAGGCUUAUUUGGUGUAAUUGGGGCAUUCCUCUUUACUUUUUCUGACUUUAUUAUCGCAACCAACAAAUGGAGAUUUCCCGUGCCACUGUCAGGAUUGUUGAUUAUGAUUUCGUACUAUAGUGCACAGUUGUGUCUUACACUCAGCACAGUUCAUUAUUAGUGAGGCGUUUAUUUAUUGUACUGACCGCGGACUACGAUUGCCAAUUUGACACGUCAUGACAUAGUUCAUAAGGUUUAAGCUGGACCGAAUAGAUUAUUCGCAAUUUAGCGAAUUUGGUCAGAAAAUCUAUAACCAAACUCAAGAUUCAAUGAACCAAACAAAAGAUAACAAAAUCAAAGUUUAUUGAAGAAAAAUAUUUAUUUGAUUUUUAAAUUAACUUUUUGGCGAUUUAAUAAUGGAAUAAAAUCGCCAUGUUUUUUGUUUGUUUGUUUGAAUCGCAUUUAGAAAACUCCAGCUUACACUCUGAUCUCUUUGUAAACUAUGCAUAAUUUCAAACAAUUGAAUCUUACAGAAAACCAGCCCUUUUCACAGUAGCAUAUAAGUUUAAUCUUUAAAAAUGUUUGAUGAAUAUUGUUAUUUGCACAUUACUAAAGUAAAGUAAAGUUUGUUUUAUUUAACGACGCCACUAGAACACAUUGAUCUUAUCAUCGGCUA